AUGUCUACUAUCUACUAUUGUGUUCCUUGUUUGACUCAUUUUAAAUGCAAGAAAAAUUUGUCUGAUAAGGAUAAACAGCAACGUGAGGAAGAGUAUUCGAAUACUGGAACAGUCCCUCAGUAUGAUAAAUGUCUUAAAACUCAUCGGUGCUGCAAAGAUAAAAAAUGUACUCAAUGCUGUAAAUUGAACGAAUGUAAUGAAAUUACUUGUUCAGCUUGUAAAGAAUCCAACAUUAAAUAUCAAUGUGUUUUACCAAAGACACAAGAGGAAUUUGCUAUAUUAGAAAAACUCGGACUUACAUAUAUUUCUGGAAAAUUUCAUGAACAAGCAUAUUUCCAAUUCGAAAAACGCCAAACUAUAACCUCUGUAAAAAAACUAUUCAAUCACCAAGCAAUGAAUUUUCCUAAAUACUUAAAUGGUGAUUCCGAUAAGAAUCGUGAUUACUCUCAAAAGACUUGGAACCGAUGUAAAGAUCUGAGACAUCGAAAAAAAUGCCGUUGCAAUUUCCAAGAGAAGGAAAAAAUUUGUAAUGUUUGUACUAAAGAUUGUAUAGAAAAACGCAUUCUUGCUCGUUGGAAAGCUUCAGAAUUAUCAAAUGAAUUUGGAAUUUAUCAUUAUUUAGGAACUUCUUCUGAAUUAAAAAAAAGUGAUGAUACAUUAAACGAGAAGAGAUUAGAGGAUAUUGAGAGAAUCAAUCACAUUAUCAAAAAUAAUCUUACGAUAAAUGAUAUAUUAGAGAACAAAAAGAAUUUAUUACCGAGAUCGUGGCUUAGGAGUUUGAAAGAUCUUGAAUAUUUGAUCAAAAAAGAGAAAGAGAUUAGAGAAGUAAAUAUUAAAAGAUUUUGGCGUCCGUGCUGUAUUUAUUUAUUUGGACUUGGCGGCUCUGGAAAAAGUGGAUUAGUGCAAGAGUUAUUUGGUGAUUCAUUAUAUUCAAAACCUCAGAAACAAAAAUCAGGAAGUAAUUGGUUCGAUGGCUACGAUAAACAUGAAUUUGUUUUAUUUGAUGAAUGGUAUACUACAAUUGGAUGGAACGAUAUAGUCAAAUUAUUAAACGACACUGAUGAACGUGUUGAGAUCAAAAACAAAGCUCCGCAAGAAGCAUUUAAUUUUGGAAAUGGAAAUGUGAUAGAUAACACGACUGUUCAUAGAGAUGAUGAAAUUAUUGAAAAAACAAAAAAAUCAGGUUUUAAAGAAGGAGAAAUUUUAUUCAAAGACGAUAAAGUUUAUUGGCGAAAAAACUUUCCUCAAUACAAGAAGAACUAUUUAAAGGACUAUCCAAAUGUAAAAGAAUUAUAUAAGUAUAAACAAGAACUUGAGAAUCCUCCUAUUGAAUCAGAUAAUUUAGACUACGAUUCCCAAUUAAGUGAAUAUAAUUCUGAUGAUUCAAAUUAUACAAGAGAAGCAAAAUUAAGAAACAAAAUUUGUGGUAAACGCAAAGCAGAUCAAUUAGAAAAAGCA